AUGAAUGAUAGAAUUGACAGCAUUGAACAGAAACAAGACAGUGGUAGUACACAAAUUAUUAUAGAGGAUUUUAUAGAGGACCAAGACAUUAUAGAGGCAACAGAUAUAACAGCUAUAGAGGGCGAGGUUCAUCUUACAAGCAACUUCGGUGAUAAAUUUCUUCAAGAAGCAGAUCUACACACAACAUGGUACUUGUCAUUCAGAUGUUUGGUUAUUCGAGAAAGAGAAUUAAAACGAAACAAAAAUAGGUUAGCUGUACUAAGAAGCGCAAUGUCAGGAAAGGUUACAAUAAGGCCAAAUGAAUCUGUUCAUAUUACAUGCUAUACUGAUAAAGAACUUGAAUUUCAACCGACUACAGCAUUUAUACAAGAAUGUGAAGACAGUAGCUUACCAUCCUACUUAGACAUUACACCAGCAGUAACACAUUAUGAACUUGGAAAAAACAAGUCUUUCACAGUCAACUUUUCAAAUCUGACAAUGAACACUUGUACUAUUUCUCCAAGAGCAAUUAUCUGUGAGUUACAAUCUGUGAUAGAUUUACUAGACGAAACACCUUUCAAACAACGACACAGAAGAAUUCCAACAAUGAUGACAGAUGAAAUAAGAAGCCACCUGAAACAAUUACUCGCAGCGGGAAUUAUAAGAAAAUCAAGGGUACCAUGGUGUUCUAAUGUAGAAUUAGUCGGAAAGAAAAACGGGAAAUUAAGAAUCUGUGUAGAUUACAGAAUGUUAAACAACAAGAGUGUUAAGGAUUCAUACGCAAUACCUCGGAUUGAAGAAGUUUUUGAUGUUUUAAAAGGAAGCAAAUAUUUCAGUACAAUUGAUCAAAAGGCAGGAUAUCACCAAGAAGAAAUAGAAGAAACACACAAGGAGAGGACAGCCUUUACUGUAGGAUCACUUAGAUUUUUCAAAUAUGUUAAAAUGCCGUUCGGACUUUCGAAUUCGCCAGCCACUUAA